UUCAAUUUGCUGUCAUUGUCACUUUAAUCACUUCCUUUUUAACACAACCUUAGUUCGAUUUGUCAAAGUGUAGAUGGUGCUCAUGGAGGUUGACGCGGUUAAUUCAAAUCAAUUAAUAGAAAUAAUUAAUUAUUUAAUCUCAAAUAACUCGGUUUGUUUUAAAAAUCAAUCGAGAGAAGAAUCCGAUUUAACCGAUCCCGAAAAAUUCGAAAUAGCCCGAGAUGUUUUUGAAAAAAGUAAAUCGAAUUUUUUAGCGCGAUUCGGAAAACAUUUAAAACAAGAAUUUUUGGAGUUUUUUAAAACUUGUUCCGAUCACCCCGAAGAAAUUUUAGAAAUAAACACAUUAAUCUCUAAUUUGAGCCGAUUUUUCUCCGAAAACGAUCAUAAAUUAAAAACGAAAAAUCGCCGUUACGAAGCUUUAAAAAAAUUAAUUGAAGGGAACGCGUAUUUUUCCGAAAAUGAAAUGAUGAAAAGAAAUCCUUUGCUUUACGAACAAUUAGUGGGACAAUAUUUAUCUGAGAGUGAAAAGAAAGAACGCGAUAUGUACAUCGAAAAAGAUACACUCGUUAAAAUCUUAUUGGAAGGAAUCGAAAGAGAUUUAACCGAAGAAAUUUUAAAAAAACAAUUAGAUGAAGAAAACCUUGAAGAAGACCGAAAUGAAAUAAAACACGUUCAAGACGAUGAUGAUGAAGAUGAAAAUGAGGAUAAUGACAUAAAUAAAUCGUUUAAAUGGGGUGAAUUUCCUCAUUCCGAACCAUCAACAUCGAAAUGGGGCGAAAUAAAACAUAAAAAAGAAAAAACUAAAUUUAAUAAAAGAUCAAUUAUCACAAAAAAGAAAAAUGUUUUAUCACAAAAAGAUUAUAUCACAGCGGCAGAACGAAAACUUUUAAAAGAAGAGUUUACAAGUAUAAUGCACCAAAACUUUUUAAACGGAAAAGACGAUUUCGAUUACUCCACAAUCGACAAUAACGACGAAUACGAUAACAUCGAAAUUUUGGAUCACGACGAAGAAGAAAAGUAUUUCGAUUCCGAAGAACCGGACGAUGUUCAAAUGGAUGAGAAGAAAGUUGAGAUUAAUGAGAGUUCUGAAGAUGAAUUAGAUAUUUAUAUGAACGCUUUAAAUCAACAUCCUUCUGUUAUUAAUCUUUCAAAAGAUCUUGAAAAAAAUGUAAUCAAUUAAUUUAUAAUAAAAAAAAUCUUUUUAAAUUGUACAGUUUGUAUCAAAAG